UGUGCAGAGGGACAUGGGGAAGAAGAGAAGAAGACGAGGAGUUAGGUGCUCGGGUGCAUAAAGUGCGUUCCGGAUCUGGAUUAUUAUUAUUAUUUUUUUUAUUUGCUAAUGAUGCCACUUGAAUUACCGCCUUCAUCUAGCCAUGCCAAAAUGCAAACCAAGCGGAGUGCAUGGACCCCACUGAACCAUCCGCUGAUCAACAGCAAGCUGUUUGAUGAGAGGAGACAGCUUCUGGCAAAAUGGUUUGGCAGCUGGUCUGACAGCCAGAGGAAGACUGUGCUGCAGGACUUCGUCCUCCGCUGUUCGGUGGAGCAGCUCAGGUUCCUGAGCCUCACCGUGAGCAGACGGCUCCCCCUGCAGGCUGCAGACUUCACCUGCUUGCUGCCCAGAGCCCUCUGUCUCUACUUGUUCUCCUUCCUGGACCCCCGCAGCCUCUGCCGAUGUGCUCAGGUGAGCUGGCAUUGGAGGAGCAUCGUGGAGCUGGACCAACUGUGGAUGGCCAAGUGUCUGCGGCUCGGCUGGUGCAUCACCUUCUCCCCCUUGGCUUUUGAGCAGGGUGUCUGGAAGAGACACUACAUAGAGACUGUUCAGGAUCUGCGACACAGACUGCUGGAGACACCAUCAAUGCCACCGGAGCUUGAAAUUCCUUCAGUCAUCAGCGGUGGACGUAAGGAACCACCAAAACUGGCUAAGAACAACAAGGAGCAUCCAGUUCCCACCAUCCAGCCUCCUGAAUCCAGCUCCAGGUCAGGGUUAAAAACAGAAAAGAAGGCUAAAGCCCUGCCACCAUGGAGAGACUCAGACAGACACCCAAAGGAUACAAUACGCUUCAACUACCUGGACAACCUGGAUCCCGUGGAGCAGACCUUUAGAGAGCAAAUGAGAAGUAAAACCUCCACAUCCCGCAGCGGUGAGUCUCAGAACGGUGACGGAAAGAGAAAAACACCGUCUGAGGCCACAUACAAACUGCGCAAAGCUAAGUCUCUGAUGUUCCUCAGAGCCCAGGACUCCUCUCCACCUGCUCCUGCUAAUCGUCUCCCCACAGACCCUCAGACCCAAACCCGCCCCUUAUGGGCAUCUCCUGCUCAGGACCACCCUAUCACCAUUGCGACAGCCAUGAACCUGCUCAGCAUGACCCAGUGGAACGCUGGGGUCCGACCCGGGCCAGUGAGGACGGCGGUGCCCCAGUUAAGUUUGGAGGCUCUCAAGGCAGCCCAGCGCUCUCAGCGGAGCACUCCCAGUAUACGGUUGUUCAACUUUUGAAGCGCAGCUCAACACUGCCCCCAGCAGGACAAUGACAUCAACACUGACCAGAGCUUCAGGAGAACUUAAUCUAAAAUUGAUCUCGAUUAUGUCCUUCAAACCUUUCACAUUAUUUUGUGCAAGGAAUCAAUGUAUUUUUGGGGUCAUGUCGAGAGUUUCUGCAAAAAUGUCUUUUGUAAGUCUUACCUGAACCUCGCAAGCACUUGGCUUUAGUUUAUUAUUUGAAGACAUUUGAGACAUUUAAACUUAUUUUUUCAAAUGUCUAUGUGAUAUAGAAAGUGUUUUAUGGGCCAAAUGGAAUCAUAAUUAAAACGUCUGCAAAACCAA